AUGGCAGCAUCAGCUUUGGUAGUACUCGAACCUAAAUCAUUAAUUCGUCCAACACAUUGGUCAAAAGAAGUUGAAAAUGCAUAUCGUUUUCAAUUAGCUGGUUAUAGAGAUGAACUGGAAUAUAAACGUAUUCGUCAAGUAGCAGAAAUUGAUAUAUGGCCUGAUAGUGGUUUUGUUAAAAAAUUACAACGUCGAAAAGAUGGAUUUUUUUAUUAUUUUGAUAAACUUCGUGAAUGUCCAGAUAAAGAAAUAAACAAAUGUAAAAUAUAUUCAUAUUAA